AUGGGGAAUGGAAAGGAGGGCACGAAGGAGAAGGGCAGGCUGGAGGAGGAGGAUCCUCCGCCGUACACAUCGUCCACGUCAUUGUCCGUCCAGAGAGCUACGGGAGCAGAAACGACACCGACUCCAUCACACACCGUCCCAACCUUCUCCAAGGUGGAUUUCACCCGUAGCCCCUUGGAAUUGCCCACGGUCGUGGAGUGCAUGACGCACUUGAAAAUGCUGCAUGCCUUUGCCAAAUUGAGGCACGACGUUGGGACUCGGGACGGCUUGUUUGGCAUCUGGGAUUUGCCGCCGAGCGCCGCUGGUGAAACUGCCUCAGCGGCGCAGAAAGAGAAGGGGCUAACUGAAAGGGAUGCCCAGGACGAAGCAGAUACCUCCAAUGCUUCUACCGACAAAGCCACCUACACGGACCUUGCCGAACGCAUCCGCGAAAAACGCUGGAGCGUCCUUGUUCAUCUCGCCGCCCAGCGGUACGACUCCUGGUGGACUACUCUCGCCGGUCGGAAUCGCAGCCCUCAAUUCCCCUCCGCCACGCGGAUGCAUCAGUUCGACGCCUUCCCAGCCCCAACCGAUUCUCCUGCUACCCGAGCGGAUAGGUUCCCCCUCGAAGGGUCCGGUCUAGAGUCCCGAAUGUACGUUGAAGAUGAUGUCAGUGAAGGGAAUGAUUCACUGGUUCCACCUCUCGAUGUCCUCAUGCUGUGGCACGCACAUAUGCUGAAUCCGCGAAUCUACAUGGAAGACUGCAUGCGUCUCUCACGGCAUUCCCUUUGGCAUACAAAGUUUCCCUGGGAGACCAUCCACCGCAUCAUCGACGGCGAGACGUUCGAGUACCGCGUCCCCGAGGACGGCGACGCUGUGUGGAAUUUUGAGCGGGAUACGCGCCGGCCCUUUGACGUCUUGAUCGACGAACCCAGGGGUGUCAGAGAGAGGACUUCGUUUUCGCUCAAGUGUCCUAGGUGUAGGAAGAAGAAGUUGGACGUUCCGUGGACACGGGCGCCCGGUAAAGACAAGACCACCCCCGAGACAAUGCAAAGUUACCUUGACCACGAUACAGGCUUCUCCGGAGCGAAUUUCCGCGAGACAUGUCCGUCCUGCACGCUCACCGUCACGCAUUCGACCCUCCGCGCCGCCAAGUUCAUCGACGACGUGGAGAAAGUCCGCAUCCAGUACAUCCCCUUACCCGGCACCAUCCUCAAGACCAGGGGCAUGGUCCAAAUGACGGAGAAGAACAAGCACAUCGGGACGCACGACCCCUUCUUCCCCAACCGCGUCGUCUCGACCCUCGACGAAUUCCGCGUCGAGGCCAUCCGCGAGAAACUCGACCACCUCACCAUCGAUUACCUCAAGAACCGUUUCGAGCAAAUCAUGAACGACGAGGACACGAUUAGACGCGUCAACUGGGAGCAAUUCACCCCGGAGAAACUGUGCAGGCACAGCAAGAUCGCCGUCCGCAAGACGCUGUCGCACUACUGGGACAACUCGUCGCCCUUUGGCAUCGACCUCGUCGGCGCCGUCAUCCGGCAGGCCAGUUUCGUGCAGAAGAUGCACCGGAUCGAUUGGCUGCAUAGCCCUGCGUGGAAGAGCACCAUGCAGAGGGCGAUUGUCAAGUAUCAUCGUUUUACGAGGAUCGUGGCGGAUAAUUUCUGGAAGGUGGCGGUCCCGACGUUGGAUGUGGAUUUGGCGUGGCACACACAGCAACUCACCCCACCCCUCUACUACCGCUACACCCUCGCCGAGACGAAGAGAUUCGUCAACCACUCGGACAAGAUCCCCGAGUCGGAGCUCCACGCCUCCUUCGCCUGGACCUCGCGCGUCUACGAGGCCAAGUACGGCACGCCCUACGCCGAGUGCGCGUGCUGGUACUGCGAGUGCGUGCGCGAACCGCUGCGGUCCAGCCUGUCGAACACGGUUUUGGAUCUCCCUGGGGUACCUGGGGCAGCCAAGAGGGGGUACUCGGUGGAAAUGGUGGCGCGGAGCGAAGAACGAUGUAGUGGGAAGAAAGACGCGUCCGUGGGCGUGCACGUGAGCGCCCACGAUGCGGUCAAGACGGUCGUGCAUGUGAAAGGUGUGGGUGGGGUUUCGUGGGCGCAGCAGCGGAGGGCCGAGAUGGAGGCGCUGGACCUGCAGUAUGCGAGGGUUUGUAAGAGGUGGGCCAAGUAUCAGAAGAAGCAGGAGAAGAAGGGUAAGAAGAAGGAUGGAGAGGCGCCGUCUAGAGAGGGCGAUGCUUAUGUCUAUUCGGCGUAUGGGUACCCCGUCAUGUAUCCUUAUCCCGUGUACGUCCCUUACUACGCCGAGCCGACGUGCGAGGGGGACCGGUUUACGAGUGCGGGGGGCGGGAUCGCGGGCGCAGCUUGCGGGUCUUGCGCUGCGGGCACGUGUACGCCGAGUGCGAGUAUGGGGUCUUGUACUGGGGGUGAGGGGACGCCUGAUUGCGCGGCUAGUUGUGGUGGGGAUGGACAUGCGAGCGGAGGGUGUGGGGGUUGCGGUGGUGGUGCUGGUGGGUGUGGUGGUGGUUGUGGAGGUGGUUGUGGUGGUGGUGGGGAUUGA